GCCGCGGACCUCGCCCCUCUGCAGGGUCCUCUCCGAGGGGCCUCUCCAGGCGUCCCUCGCAGCCCCUAAGGCUGCAUCCCCUCUCUUUGCGCGCCCCUCCCCUCCGUUCUGCUUUACCUCUGCCCGCUAAAAGUCACUCCCGGUCCACCUCAAUCCUCCCAGAAUUUACCCCAAAUUGAUGAAGCCCUUCCUGUUCCCCAGAGCCAGCUUCCAGGGCCUCAGAAUCAGUGGUGCCAGCGGCGGCCUCUGCCUGCGAGCGCGUCGGGUCUCCUGGGCUAGCACCAAGGACACAAGGAAUCAAGACCCUGCAGCAUGGAUGCUCUCUCGGAAGCCAACGGCACCUUUGCCAUCCGCCUCUUAAAGGGAUUAUGUCAAGACAACCCUUCGAACAAUGUGUUUUAUUCUCCUGUGAGCAUCUCCUCUGCCCUGGCCAUGGUCCUCUUGGGGGCAAAGGGCAACACCGCGGCCCAGGUGGCCCAGGUGCUUUCUUUGACCACAGAGAAAGAUGUGCACCAGGGCUUCCAGGCACUUCUCACCGACAUGAACAGGCCAGGCAUGCAGUACCUGCUUAGAACAGCCAACAGGCUCUUUGGAGAGAAGACUUGUGAAUUCCUUUCUACGUUUAAGGAAGCCUGCGUUCAGUUCUACCACGCUGAGCUGGAGCAACUUUCUUUUGCCAGAGCUGCAGAGAAAUCCAGGAACCAUAUAAACACCUGGGUCUCCAAGAAGACAGAAGGUAAAAUUAAUGAGCUGUUGCCAGCAAAUUCCAUUAAUGCCCAAACCAAGCUGGUUCUCGUCAAUGCCAUCUACUUCAAAGGAAGAUGGGACAAGCAGUUUUAUAAAAACUGCACAAAGGAAAUGCCUUUUAAGAUCAACCAGAAGGAGCAAAGGCCAGUGCAGAUGAUGUAUCAGGAGUCCAAGUUUAAAAUGUCCUACGUGAGCGAGGUGCAGGCACAGGUGCUGGAGCUGCCCUACGAGCAGGAGGAGCUGAGCAUGAUCAUUCUGCUCCCAGACAGCGGCGUGGAUCUCAGCACGGUGGAGAAGAAUCUCACUUUUGAGAAAUUCACAGCCUGGACCAAGCCAGAAUGUAUGAAGAGAACCAAAGUUGAAGUUUUCCUGCCGAGGUUUAAACUGCAAGAGGAUUACGACAUGGAAUCGGUGCUUCAGCAGUUGGGAAUGGUCGAUAUCUUCCAACAGGGCAAGUCCAACUUGUCAGCCAUGUCAGCUGAAAGAGACCUGUGUCUGUCCAAGUUUGUGCACAAGAGUUUUGUGGAGGUGAAUGAAGAAGCCACAGAGGCCGCCGCGGCAACUUCAGCCAUUACGGUUCUGGCAGGUCGCGUGGAAUCUCCACCCGUGUUCUGUGCUGACCACCCCUUCCUUUUUUUCAUCAGGCAUAACAGAACCAAAAGCCUCCUGUUCUGUGGCAGGUUCUCUUCUCCAUAGGAGUGCACUUCUGUGCCCGUGAGAAUGUUCCUCUUUCUGUGUCUCCAUGUUCCCCUCUACGUCUCCACGUGCAAAGAUGUGGACAGAUUCUUCAUUCUUCUGAACCAUUUCUUGGUGCUGCAUAGUCAGCUCUCCCCACUCACUUACCACUACUUAAGCAAUAUCCUACGACACCAGGCCAUAGGGUUUCCUGUAUUUAGGAUGUAGUUCAAAUUCCAUAGAAUGGUAUGCAAAGUUUUCCUAGAGGUCUUCAAAUGCAUUCCCCGUUCCUUGCAUGUGCAACUCAUUCUCAUCACAUUGUACUUUCUUGGCAUCUCAAAUCUGUCACAAACUUCCCGUAAUCUGACUGUCUCAAUGGCAGUAGAUGUUGCUAGAUAUUAUUGCUACUAUUUAUAGUUUCCUGUUGCAUUGACUUUUAAAAAUUUUUUUUUGAUGCAUUUUUUUUUUUUUUACAUUCAUCAGUCACCCAGUAUAUGCCAAACAUUGCAUUAAGUGCUGGGACCUGAAAACACCUUGUUGUCCUUUGAAAUCUGUGCCCAAUUUAUGUAGCUUUUAUGACAGCCAGAUUUGAUUAUUUGAUGCCUUUAAACUUAUCUUGUGAUCCUCUUAUAAGGAUAUCACCUUUUUUUUUUUUUUUUUUUUUUUUUUUUUUUUUUUUUUUUUUGACAGAGUGGAUAGUGAGAGGGAGAGAGACAGAGAAAAAGGUCUUCCUUUUUGCCAUUGGUUCACCCUCCAAUGGCUGCUGCGGCCGGCUCAUCGCGCUGAUCCGAAGCCAGGAGCCAGGUGCUUCUCCUGGUCUCCCAUGCGGGUGCAGGGCCCAAGGACUUGGGCCAUCCUCCACUGCCUUCCCGGGCCAUAGCAGAGAGCUGGCCUGGAAGAGGGGCAACCGGGAUAGAAUCCGGCGCCCCAACCGGGACUAGAACCCGGUGUGCCAGCGCCGCAAGGUGGAGGAUUAGCCUGUUAAGCCACGGUGCCGGCCUCACCUUUCUUCAUGUUGUAGUAUCUCCCCACUUCCAGUUUUAACAGUAAAAAUUCUAUUCAGUGCAUCGAUUUCAUUUCAAAGGCCAUGCAGAAUUUUUCCUUUUGUCCAUAGCCAGCUGUACAUCUUUCACCUUUCACUACGCACUGAGGGCACUGCUCUCAUGAUAAUCAUGUUUUUAAUCUCCCUGGGUAAUGCUUAAGUUCAACUACACUUUAAGCUCAUUGAGGAUUGACAUUCAUCUUACAUAUCAGUGUGGCACUUAUAGUGCAAUAAUAAGUAAUUGGAUUAUAUAUGAGUGCUAUAACUUUAAAUUAUGGCAUAUAACCAACUUGAUUGUGGAUUUUUGUGAAUUUUUUUAGUGAGGUAACAUUCAUAUAACAUAAAAUUAACCAUUGUAAAGGACACAGUUCAGUUCUCCCUCCCCGCCCCCCCAGUUUUCCUAAUGCCAAAAGGAAACUCUGUAUCCAUUAAAUAAUCACUCCUCAGUUCUCCCCCCUUCAGCCCCUUGUAACCAGCAAUCUGUUUUCUCUAUGGAUUAACCUAUAAUGGAAAUUUCAUAUAAAUUGAAAUAUAUAAUAUAUGACCUUUUAUGUCUGGCUCCUUUCACUUAAUGUAAUAUUUUCAGUGCUCAUUCAUGCUAUAAUAUGUAUCAGUCCUUACUCCUAUUUGUGACCAAAUGCUAUUCCACUGUAUAGAUAUAACAUAGCACAAUU